CCGUGGCUACAUGGCUUCGGUCUCCGCUGCAGUCUCCUCGGGCCACAGGGCCCGAAACCUGCUGCAGUUCCUGCGGCUGGUGGGGCAACUCAAGAGGGUCCCGCGGACUGGCUGGAUAUAUAGAAAUGUGGAAAAGCCGGAGAGUGUAUCCGAUCACAUGUACCGGAUGGCAAUUAUGGCUCUGGUGACCAAAGAUGACCAACUUAACAAAGACCGAUGUGUACGCCUAGCCCUGGUUCACGAUAUGGCAGAAUGCAUCGUUGGGGACAUAGCACCAGCAGAUAACGUCCCCAAAGAAGAAAAACAUAGGCGAGAAAAGGAAGCUAUGGAGCAGCUAACCCAGCUUCUACCAGAAGACCUCAGAAAGGAGCUCUAUGAACUUUGGGAAGAAUAUGAGACCCAAUCCAGUGCAGAAGCCAGAUAUGUGAAGCAGCUGGACCAGUGUGAGAUGAUCCUUCAGGCAUCGGAGUAUGAAGACCUUGAGAGCAGACCUGGGAGACUGCAGGACUUCUAUGAUUCUACAGCAGGAAAAUUCAGUCACCCUGAAAUAGUCCAACUUGUUUCUGAACUUGAGACAGAAAGGAACACCAGCAUAGCUGCAGCCUCCAGUGAGCCCCACACCUGA